GAGGAUGGCCCCCGAAGCGUGAGAGACCCGAGUGCCACGCGAAGAAGAGCGCGACUGUAGCGGAGGACUCGAUUAGUAACUAUGUCGUACAGCAACAGGGAACUGGUGAAGUUUUAUAUAAGCUAUAAACUGUCCCAAAGGAACUACUGUAGUCACUUUGAGUUUCCCGAGGACGGGAGUCGGACCGAGCGCUCGGAUCAGGCGGAAGCGAACGGGGAGGAGGCGUUGGCCGCCGCUCAUGCGAACGGGUCUGCGAACGGAGGGAGUCGGGGAUUGGGGCAGCCGCCCCCGUUGCCCUCCUCCUCCCCGCCCCCGCGGGGCACGAAGGCGGUGAAGGAGGCGCUGCGGGACGCGGCCAACGAGUUUGAGCUGCGCUACAACCGCGCCUUCACCGACCUCUCCUCUCAGCUGCACAUCACGCCGGCGACGGCCUACCGGAGCUUCGAGAGCGUGAUGAACGAGGUGUUCCGCGACGACGUGAACUGGGGGCGCAUCGUUGGCCUCUUUGCGUUCGGAGGAGCCCUCUGCGUCGAGUGCGUGGAGAAGGAGAUGAGCUACCUGGUGGGCCGCAUAGCAGACUGGAUGACCGUCUACCUGGACAACAACAUCCAGCCCUGGAUCCAAAACCAAGGAGGAUGGGACCGAUUUGCGGAGAUCUACGGGAACGAUGCCGCCGCCAACAGCAGGCGGUCCCAGGAGAACAUGAAGAAGUGGCUUUUUGCCGGGGUAACGCUUGUGAUGGGAGUGCUGGUGGCCUCCAUCAUCGCCCAGAAACGCCUGUGAGAUGGAUAAUAGCCUCAAGGCCACGCCACCCCACCCGUUAGCGCUCCAGCAACACAAGAAGAAUCCCUUUGCCCGGUUUGGCCGUCUCCGCAUCCGUCUCCUGCAUCCCGGCGCACCGAGAAACGACUGACCGACUCGGCAAAGCCGUGCCGGCGCAACGUCCCGGCAUUGCCGCGAACCAUCGCCGCCUGAAUGGAAGCGCCGACGUGCAGCGAAGCCGACGACGUCGUUGCGCUUUGUGUCAAACCGGACUACUCGUACAUGAAUACGCACCCAAACUACUAGGAAGAAGUUAAUUUGGACCAAAAGUUCCCUUUGUGCUGUCCUUCCUACCCUUUUGCUCUUGUUGUUGUUGUUGUUGUUAUCGAUGUUAUUUACCAGAUUAUUUCACUUUUAAGCAUAUGUAUGUCAUAAUUUUGCAAGACGGUGGAAAUUAACACAAAAAAAAUGUGUAUAGGUGGUGCUGAAGAAGUUGCUUCUUAGCACUUUGGCUGUUUUUUUUUUUUUUUUUUUUUUUUUUGUUCAAGAACUGCUGAUGGGUGGAAACGGAAGGGAUUUUGUUUAGAAGGAGAGGGCUUUGCAAUGGUCUUUUAAGGGGCAGCUGACAGCGUCACUAACGCGUUUACAGAAAUGGAUGAUGUUGUUUUUAUGUCCGUGUGUUCAUCUCCAAUUGAGAAUAAAAAAUUGAGGGGGAAAAAAAAAGUUUUUGGAGAAAUGGUGGCACGGUGAGCAUGGGAGGAGCGUUACCACAGUAUCCAUC